CGGUGGCGAAGCGUCCGCACCCGCACCAAUCCUGUCCGGGGACUUUCCGCUCCCACGCCCCACGCGCGCCAGCCCCGCUCCUUCCUCGAACUCCUCGCCGCCGGCUCUCCUCAACUCCGCCGACUCGCUUCGCUGUCCACCUCGCCCCUGUCUCCUCCUGAUCCCGGAUUCGCCUCGCCGGUCCCCGGUACGUCGCCGGCGGCCCGGUACUCGUCCCCGCCUCCCGGCGCCCGCCACGAGCGCCGUCAAGCGAAGCCUUCUUCGCCUGGCCGCGCGCCGCUGGCGUACCCGCCACGCUCCUUCCGCCGGAGCACGUCGCGGCCAGUUGCUCUCUCGCGCUCCGUCCCCUCGCUCGUCCUCCUACACCAUCGCCGCGGGGCGGCCUUCGUCCUCCUCCCGGAAGUGCAGAUCCGCACGGGGCUCGCAUAUAUUUUUCCUCUUUGCUGGUAAGGAAGCUCGCUCCGAUGGAUUGCUCCGAGGGUUAGUUCCGCCCUGGUCUUCCGUUCCUACGCUUGCCAGCAAUCGAGUUUCAAGUCGUCGAUGGACUGCGAUUUGCUCGCUGCGUGGUGGAGCAGCAGCACCAGAUUAAUCUCCAGGAUUUUUCGGGGGUCAGCAGCUGAUGCGCCGGGGCCGUCGCCAAUGAGGCCAGCCAUACCGCUUCACCAGAAGCAGGCGGGGCUCGCUGCUAGCAAGCUAGGGGUGGGGACCUCGAAGAAGCACAGGGCCUUUGUCGCGAGCGAUGAGCAGUGGUACAACAAGAUAUUUGACCCAUCGAGCGACUUCAUCUUGACAUGGAACCGCAUCUUCCUCUUCUCCUGCUUCGUCGCGCUAUUUAUAGACCCCCUCUACUUCUAUGUGCCCAAGAUCAGCUACGGCAGCCCCAAAUUCUGCGUUGGAACAGACACCCGUUUCGCCGUCGGUGUUACAUUCUUCAGAUCGAUUGCUGAUUUAUUGUAUGUCCUGCACAUCAUAAUAAAGUUCAGAACAGCAUAUAUCAACCCGAGCUCGACUCUGAGGGUGUUUGGAAGAGGGGAUCUUGUCACAAAUCCCAAGCAAAUUGCGUGCAAAUAUAUCAGAUCUGACUUAGCUGUUGAUGUGGCCGCUGCAUUGCCUUUGCCACAGAUUAUUGUUUGGUUUGUGAUACCAGCCAUAAAGUAUACCUCUGCUGAGCACAACAAUAACAUUCUGGUGCUCAUAGUUCUUGCUCAGUAUCUUCCAAGAUUGUAUCUCAUAUUCCCCUUAACUUAUGAAAUUGUCAAAGCUACUGGAGUUGUCGCAAAGACUGCUUGGGAAGGGGCUGCAUAUAACAUGCUGCUCUAUCUGAUAGCUAGUCAUGUGCUAGGUGCACUAUGGUAUCUUCUAUCUGUCGAUCGCCAGACAUUCUGCUGGAAGACGAGGUGCUUGAAUGAAACUGGUUGUGAUCUUAAGUACCUAGAUUGUGAUUCGACACUGAAUGCUACUUGGGCGAGUACAACUUCUGUCUUCAGUAAAUGUAAUGCUAGUGAUGACACUAUUAGUUUUGAUUUUGGUAUGUUCGGGCCUGCAUUGUCUAAUCAAGCCCCUGCUCAAAGUUUUGCAAUGAAGUAUUUCUAUUCCCUCUGGUGGGGGUUGCAGAAUUUAAGCUGCUACGGUCAGACUCUUGUUGUGAGUACCUAUCUUGGUGAGACACUGUACUGUAUAUUCUUGGCGGUACUUGGUCUUGUCUUGUUUGCGCAUUUGAUUGGAAAUGUGCAGACCUACCUGCAAUCUAUUACUGUGAGGGUUGAGGAAUGGAGAUUAAAGCAAAGAGAUACUGAGGAAUGGAUGAGACAUCGUCAACUUCCUUGUGAACUGCGGGAAAGGGUGAGACGGUUUAUCCAGUACAAGUGGCUUGCAACUAGGGGUGUGAACGAAGAGUCAAUAUUGCAAGCUCUGCCUGCGGACCUUCGACGUGACAUUAAGCGUCACCUUUGCUUGGGUCUUGUUCGACGGGUUCCAUUUUUCUCCCAGAUGGAUGAUCAACUUCUCGAUGCCAUCUGUGAGCGUCUUGUAUCAUCACUGUGCACAAAAGGCACAUACAUUGUCCGUGAAGGCGAUCCAGUGACUGAGAUGCUCUUCAUCAUCCGUGGAAAACUGGAAAGCUCCACAACAAAUGGUGGUCGCACUGGUUUCUUCAAUUCAAUCACCCUGAAACCUGGUGAUUUCUGUGGUGAGGAACUUCUUGGAUGGGCUCUUGUCCCCAGGCCUACUACGAACUUGCCAUCAUCCACUCGGACAGUGAAGGCACUGAUAGAAGUGGAGGCCUUUGCACUCCAGGCCGAGGAUCUCAAGUUUGUUGCCAGCCAGUUCAGGCGGCUGCACAGCAAGAAGUUGCAACACACUUUCCGGUACUACUCACACCACUGGAGAACGUGGGCCUCAUGCUUCAUCCAAGCUGCUUGGAGACGGUACAAGCGGAGGAAGAUGGCAAAGGACCUGAGUAUGAGGGAGUCAUUCAAUUCCGUUAGAUUAGAUGAAGUGGAUAACGAAGAUGAUGAUUCUCCGCCCAAGAAUAGUCUUGCUCUAAAAUUCAUAGCUAGGACUAGAAAAGUGCCUCAGAACAUGAAAGAGUUGCCUAAGCUAACGAAGCCAGAUGAGCCAGAUUUCUCAGCUGAACCUGAAGACUAGAGAUGUUUGCUUAUGCUAAGUACAGUGGUCAUAGCUGACUAUUGUGAAUUAGUCCUAUUUGGUUCGUGAAGGAGGUUACAGGCCAACUAGUUACGGUGAAUUGAACUUGGGUUGACGGUGCCAUCUGUGGAUGUGAGGCAGGUAACUCGAAACUCAAUCAAAGCUCAUCUGUGGAUGUGAGGAAGUUAACUCAAAUCUCAAUCAAAGCGUGAUGAAGCUUCUGACUGGUAUAGAUCGAAUGGUUGUAACUACUAGCUAUGUUCAUGUUGUAUAUUCAGAUAUCUCCGUGCCUAUAGAUUUCUUGAAAAAAGAAGAGAAAAAGAAGAAUGCAUCGUUACAUAGACUGAUAACUUAAACAUCUAACAAGGGUGUGGCUACAUUGUUUGUGACCGUGGAGGACUCUGUAAAUUAUGAGGCUGUGGCUUCUGGCAAAAUGUUAGCACAGACUGCUGUCAUGUACAAAUGCACCUGUGCCUGCUUUUGAGCAUGGUCGAGGUGCUGUAAUGUUUUUUUUUGGUUAACUGUACAAAUGUGCUGUUCCUGCGAUAUGUUAUGACUUAUGCUACAGUACACGAAGUUGUAGUACAAUCAAUUGUGACUGAGCUCA